GCUUUUCUAAGUUCUCGCGAUAUCUUAUCGCCGGCCAGACAGCAACGAGAUGAGCCAUGGCAAUAGAAAACAAACCAGAGGAAGAAUUUGACACAGUUUUUAGUCUGAAUGACUCCCUGGAGCUCUCCUCUCAUCCAGAGCAUGACAGUGGAAAGGCACGAAUCUUCAAGAUAAUAGUCAUAGGAGACUCAAACGUGGGGAAGACGUGCCUGACUUACCGCUUCUGCGGGGGCACUUUCCUGAAAAACCCAGAGGCAACUAUCGGGGUGGAUUUCAGGGAGAGGUCGGUGGUGCUGGACGGAGAGAACAUCAAGUUGCAGAUUUGGGACACAGCGGGUCAGGAGCGCUUCAGGAAGAGCAUGGUGGAGCACUACUACCGCAGUGUUCACGCCGUCAUCUUUGUGUAUGACGUGACCAAUCUGCCAUCCUUCGAAAGCAUCCCCGAGUGGAUUGAAGAGUGCAGCAAACACUCCGUGGGGCCCCUGGUGCCGCGCAUCAUCGUGGGAAACAAAUGUGACCUGAGGGAACAUCGGCAGGUGGCCGCCUCUGCCGCCCACUGUCUUGCCGACAGCUACAACUUCCCCCUGUUCGAGACUUCGGCCAAAGACCCCGCUGAGAAAGAGCAUGUUGACGCCAUCUUUCUGACUUUAGCUUAUCGGCUGAAGAGCCACAAGCCCCUGAGACUGAAGCAGCUGAGUGAGAGCUCUGUUAGGGAGCUGAGGAACCAGAGAGAACAGGAAAUGACAUUUUGUCAGUGCUAAGGUCUACUGUGGGCUCACCAGGGUGGACAAAGGCCACGGUAUCCGUCUGAACGUCUGUUUAAAAUCAACAUUGUCACUAAAUUAGUGAGCGGUAUUUAAAAAGUAGAAAGAAGCUUUCUGUUGUUUCUAAAAUGCUCUCUGGUUGAUGUCAGGCACAGGUCAUGGUCAUGGCAGCAAAGACCGAUCGGUUGGAGCAAAAGUUUAACCGAUACUUCUACAAAAUGCAUGAGUCAAUGUGGACAUGUGUCAAGUAUUUGCACUUUAGAAAACAAUUACAAUUGACAAGAAAUGUCUACAUCAAUCUCUCUCUGGCAGAAUUAUGUUCCGUCAUUGAAUUACAAUGCAGACUGCUGGACAGAAAACGAAAAUAAAGUGUUUAAAGUCACCAAAGCAGAUAGAAUGACAAUGGAACUGUGAUGAAAUUUGCAAUCAUUUUCUUUUUCUGUAUACAUUGCAAACACAAGUCUAGAAUAAUGAUGCAUAUCAAUGUAAGUGGUAAAAUGCUGCUACUUUGUGGGUACAAAAUAUAUAUCCAUACAGCUGACCUGCGAAACGUAUCUAGAAUAAGCUCUGGUUCCUAGAAAUCAACACGAAAUGUAUCAAACGUGAUGCAUUUCGUGAUUGUUAAGUUGCAUGUAAACAGUUUAAACAACAUGUUACAAAAGCAAAACAAUUUGACUAUUUCAGCCUGAGUGAUGGGGGGGGGAAAAAAACGCACUUUACUAUGCAUUAUUUAUAGAACUAUAAAGGGAGCUGAAACCUUUGGAUCAGUGCAGUGUCGUGAUUGUUAUAUCAAUGUGGAUCUGUUUUGAUAAUUAAAUGUGCAGAUUAUAUCAAAGUAGUGGGACCAUUUCAUGGU